CUUCACUUCGUUUCUCCUCCUCCUUCUCAGCAUCCUGGUUUAACAGUGCCUGUAAAAUCAGAGAAGGGCUCAGGACCCAGAUUUUCCAGGAAUUCAAUCUACAAUGGCAUCCCAAUACCAUGUAAAUUCCCAGGAGUGGAUGGCUGGAUCAUAUGGGCCUGGAAGCCAAGACUACAGAAAUUCCCAGCUGAGAAUUGUCUUAGUGGGUAAAACUGGAGCAGGAAAAAGUGCAACAGGGAAUAACAUCCUUGGAGAGAAAGUAUUUCCUUCUGGCAUUGAAGCAAAAUCCAUCACGAAGAGCUGUGAGAAAAGGAGCAGCAUGUGGAAUGGAAGAGAAAUUGUCGUCGUUGAUACUCCAGGCAUUUUCGACACUGAGAUACAAGAUGCUGUCACGUGCAGGGAAAUCUCUCGCUGCAUUCUCCUGACCUCCCCAGGGCCUCAUGCUGUGGUCCUAGUGGUCCCACUGGGCUGUUUCUCUUGGGAAGAUCAUGAGGCCAUAGAGAAGAUUCUGAAAAUGUUUGAAGGCAGGGCUAGAAAAUUCAUGAUCCUCUUAUUCACCAGAAAAGAUAACUUGGAAGGCACUGAUAUCCAUGAUUACUUAAGCAGAGCUCCCAGAGCCCUUCAAGAAUUGGUGGACAAGUUUGGUGAUCGCUACUGUGCAUUCAACAAUAGAGCAACAAUGGCUGAACAGCAGGUCCAGAGAGCAGAGCUCCUGUCCCUGGUGGAGCGUGUGGUCAGUGAGAAUAAAGGAGAGUGCUAUACUAACAAAAUGUACCAGAGGGCUGAGAAGGAGAUUCAGAAGCAAAUCCAAGUGAUGCAAGAACAUUACAGAGCAGAGCUAGAGAGGGAAAAAAGACAGAUAAGAAAGGCAUAUGAAGCAAAAAUCAGAGAGCUGGAGGAUGAGCUGGAGCGGGAAAAACGAAAGGGGCAAAUGAAUAGGGAGUUGGCAGAAAGGGAAGUUUUCUAUAAUUCUAGGCAGCAAAAUGCUAGAAUGGAAGUGGAGAGCCAGAAUGAUAUCCUUGAAUUAAUCCUCAAAGCACUGAGGUUUGCUUCCUUUAUCAUCACACGUCUCUUUAUGGAUGAUUAACUCUAAUGAAAAAUCUGACCCUAGUUUCGACAGGUCCUUUGUUGACCUGGCCCAUAGGACUCCAGUUUCUGUCUCAGGCUCUCAGGAUGCAUGACAUUUUUAAAAAUCAUUUACAUUAGGUAACCUUAUAUAUGAAGAUGUUUGCACAAUUGUUUCUGAAUGAAUUUCAAUAUGUUUAAUUACAUUUUCACAAUUAACAAUUAUCAUCAUCUUCUCACUGAAGAACAAAGAGUUGUCUGGAAAAUAGAUCCUUCAGAAUUCAGCUAUGCAAUAAUCGUCAAAUGUCAGAAAGAGUGAAAAAUAGCAGUUCAACAGAUGAGAACUUUUGGAUUUUUCAGAUGCAUCUGUACAAACUGUCUGACCAACCUCAAUAUAACCAACUAAUGAACAAUCAAUUUCCUCCUUUUCUUGAGACCUAACCUGACUGUUGCGACCCCAUCUCUAUCACUCCAUACCUUUAGUUCCUGUUUACCAGAUCCUCAUCCAGUUGAAUUGCUUGCUUAUUAUUAUAAUAAACUAGUUUUAGUUCUCUC